AUGGAGCCGCAACAGCUGAAGUGGCGCCAGUACAAGUCCUACAAGAGGCUGACGUUGGGCCAACGCAUACAAGUGAUUAAGGCCUACAAAUACAUACCAAACUAUCGGCAAUUGGCCAUGCAUUUCGGCUGUAGUGAAUUGCAGAUUAGGAGAAUUAUGGGCAGCAAGGAUGAACUGCUGCAGAGCUAUGAGAGCGUACGUGCCAAGAAUCUAAACGCCACAGUGGACAAUUCAAAUGAGGCGAAAAUCGAAUUGCUCGGCAAAGUGAUCUUUGAAUUUCUACUACGCGCACUCAAUCAUCGCAUGUCUACCGAUGCGACCGCCAUACGCCGCAAAGCGUUGGAGGUGAAGGAAGCCCUGGCCAUUGAGAAUUUCACACCGAACGAUGCGUGGCUGCAUGCUUUCAAACUAAAACACAAUAGUGUGGACCUCAUGAAGACGUUGGAGCAAUUGGAGAGUGAUAUGGGUAAGCGUAGCUCGUUGGAUUGCAAUGACAUUAUUGCAUAUGUGCGCGAGCAGCAAAAAGAGGAGCAACGCAAACUGUUGGCCGAAGAUAAGCGCAUUGCUGCAUUGAGCAAAAGAGUGGAAGAGUUAUGCAAAAGUGAAACUGAACUGAAUAUGGAACGUGCAAAAACUAAAGAAAAAACUGCAAAAGUACCCACGACAACAAAAACCCAAAGACGUCUUAAAGACGAUAUCGAAGCGCUUGUUAUGAGCAUAAUGUCAGAUGUCAAAGAACAAAAUGUCGAAACGUCUGUGCCAAGUACAAGCACUACUAAGAGCGCGCAGGUAGUGGAACCCACUGAAAUCAGUAUAAAAACCGAAGCUGAGGAGAAUGACCUAGUCUCGGUUGUUAAAAUUGAAUCCACCGAUAUUAGCGAUAACACUUACAGCACAACAACUCAAAAACCAACAACAAAUCAGCCAAAACGUAGCACACGUAUAACAAAUUAUAAGGAGGCGUUGCGUUAUUUAAGAGUUCUGGAGAAUUUCGUCAUGACUGAGGAGAACUAUAGCGCGCUUAGCUUGAUAACACAACUGGAGUAUAUAUUUAGGAGUACGGCCGAUGCGAAAAGUAAAGCUACGUAA